AUGACCAUUUUUAAAGGCUUCUUCGUGGUCUUGUUCGAAGAUGACGAAGACGGAAAUCGAAUUCUCAAUCAGGAGAAUUGGUUCGUAAAUAAUCACGCAAUAUAUCUACAACCAUGGUCCCCGAACUUUGAUCCAAUACCAUUGGCUGUAUACUCUGCACCGAUAUGGAUUCAAUUGUACAAUUUACCCAUUGAAUAUUGGAGUGAGGAUCUUUUGGAAAAGAUCGACAAAACCUUGGAGACUCUAUUGGAAGUAGAUUUUGAUGAUGAGGAUGAUCUCUGCAAAUAUGCCUGUUUGAGGAUUGCAACGGUUAAAAGGAUUCCUAAGUCAGUCACAUUUUUAACUUCAAGUGGUGAAUGGCGCCAACAAGUGGAAAUUGGAAAAGAAAUUAAAGAAUGCCCUAGAUGUGGGAGCAAGUUUCAUGGAUUGGAUGAAUGCAAGAUGCUUGUGAGGAAGGCCAAAAAUGUCCUCGGGAAGCCAACCCAGUUUUGGAGGCGGAAGCCGGAGAACUCAUUAAAAAUGGUUACAGAUCAAGAAGGGAAGAUAUCCGGUGAUGUUGGUCAGACACACAACCAAGAGAUGAACCCUUCGACUUCUUUGAAAUCAACCUCUUGCAAUUCGAAGGAAACAAGAAAGGAAGAUUCAAUCAUGGUCCUAGGUGAUAAUGGUGAAUGUUUGAGAUUGAAUAUUAAUGCAGGGAGGGAGAAUGAUGCGGUCCCAAAUACCUCGAGAAUCAACUCUUCUUGCAAAGGACUUUUAGACACCGAAUUUGAAUUUGAAAAGGGUUCGGAUGAUGAUUUGUUUCAAGAAGAUGAAUUGGAAAACAUUGAUCCACGGUGUAUCAGUCAGUCGGCUAAUGCAUUGUUGGGGAAGGCCAAAGGUUUUAGAGAUAGGAGGAGCAAUCGUUAG